CUUGCUGCAGUUUACCGUCUGUCCAGUUCCUCGUACAGCUUUAAAACAACAGGUUGCUUAUUAAUAUUUAAACUAUUUGUUUUUUUUUUUGUAAAAGUCUGCAUAAAUGAAGCUCCAACACCUAUAGUAGCUCUGACAGAGAUCUUAGCAAAUAAUAUUUAAACCAACAGUCUCGGAACAAGGAUCAGAAAAUGCUUACUCUGUGUGCCUUGCUUUUAACCCUGAUCAGCUGUUGCUCUGGCGCCUUUCCGGGACCUCCCAAACAGCAAAUAAACAGCAGACCUAUUAUCGGAAUACUUACUCAGGAAAUAGAAGAUGACAACCUAAAACCGUUUGGGAAAACGUAUAUCCCAUCAUCAUAUGUUAAAUACCUAGAGUCUGCUGGCUGCAGGGUAACGCCAGUCAAGUUGAAUCUGACGUUGCCUGAAUAUGAGAAGAUUUUUAAUUCAAUAAAUGGGAUGAUGUUCAUUGGCGGUGCAGUUAAUUUACGGACCUCAGACUUUGCCAAGGCCGCAGCAGUUUUCUACAAGCUUGCGCUGAAGGCCUACAUCUCAGGAGACUAUUUCCCUUUGUGGGGGACCUGUCUGGGUUUUCAGCUGCUCACGGCGCUGGUUUCCGGGGACGACCUGCUGACCAACGCCACUGUAGAAAACAAGGCAUUGCCGCUCAACCUCACAGCGGAUGCAGAAUCCAGCCGAAUGUUCCGGAAUUUUCCUCCUGAGUUGAUGAAAUCUUUGGCGCAGGAGCCACUGACUGGAAAUUUCCAUCACUAUGGCAUUGCAACACAGACAUUUGAAGGAAAUGAGAGACUGGAAAGUUUCUUUUCCAUCCUGUCUACGAACAAGGCUAAGGAAGGAGUGGAGUUUGUUUCAACAAUAGAAGGAAAAGAAUAUCCCUUCUAUGGAGUCCAGUGGCACCCAGAGGUGAGUCGGUUUCAGUGGCAUCCAGACCUGGAGUUCCCUCACUCGGUGAACGCGGUGCGCGUGUCCUACCUCACUGCGGAUUUUUUUGUUAAUGAAGCUCGGAGGAGUUCCCACCACUUCUCAAGUGCUGAAGAAGAAGAUGCUGCUCUGAUAUACAACUACUCUCCGCUAUACGUAGGAAAUAUCUCCGGUUACAUGCAGAUCUACUUCUUCUAGGGUUCCUGGAAGCAGUGACACCCAAUUACCCUCCAACUCCAACAGGACCUGAAAGUGUUGCAUAGUGUGUGUCUAAUAUGACAAGCCCAAUACUUACUGUUCCUGCCUUGUGUGCACUGUGCAGGUUUCUGUGGUAUUAAAAAACAUUUUUUAAAUUAGACACUGGAUGUAAAAGGAUGAGAUUAAGUAAAGCAUUUAUUUAGCUCACAGCUUUCUUGAAAAAUUGAAUUUAUAUAUAUUGUAACAGAGCCAGAGCAGGGAGGUGGGUUAAAAGCCUCCCGGCCAAGCUGAUUGUUUUUGUUUAAUUAAUUGUAUUGUUUAAUUGUACCAUUUAUUUGUUAAUUGUUUUAUUGUUGCAGCAUUGG